AAUUGCGUUUUCUUUGCCUUAAACACUAAUUUUGUGCCAUCUCCUUCCACUUCCAGUUGCUGUCUUAACAUUUAAACCAGUGCUUUCAAAAUGGUUACCGCCAAGAAGCAGAAAAAGGCUUUGGAGAGCAUCAAUGCUCGUCUGGCGCUGGUCAUGAAGUCCGGCAAGUACUGCCUGGGCUACAAGCAGACCCUGAAGACCCUCCGCCAGGGCAAGGCCAAGCUGAUCAUCAUUGCCAACAAUACUCCCCAUCUCAGGAAGUCCGAGAUCGAGUACUACGCUAUGCUGGCCAAGACCGGUGUCCACCACUACAACGGAAACAACAUCGAGCUGGGAACCGCCUGCGGAAAGUACUUCCGCGUGUGCACCCUGUCCAUCACCGAUGCCGGUGAUUCCGAUAUCAUUCGUACCCUGCCGGAAGCUCAGGCCGCCGCACAGUAAGGUGUCUGUUUUUUUUGGUUUAGCUUUUGGAAAUUCGGCUUUUAUUGAUAUUCAAUAAAAGACGAAGAAGUUACUGUACAUGUACAAAAUGAUUCAAGAACAUCUGGAAUAAAGCGAUCGAUCUCCUAGUUGGAGGUCUCCGAAGGA